UGAGAGACACGGGUGGUGCUCCCCACAAUUACUUGGUGUGGGUCCGGCAAUAGGCGCCUAGGGGUGCCCUGAGGCUCCGCAGCAUGUGCCUGUACUGCUGGGAUACCGACACUACCCAAGUCAGCCCUGAAAUACCAAGACCGCUUCAUCCUUCAGCGGUGACAGAGAAGCAGAUUGUAGAUAAGCGUAUUCAUGAUAUGCAAAACCUAAAGAAAGAGAAGAGGAAAUUAAGUAAACGGUUUGCAAACCCUGCUCCUAUUCCAGACCGAGGACUCCUAUGGUCAGCUUGAUAAGGCAGGAGUCCAUAUGAAAGAAACCAUGCUCCAGACCAAAAUAUGCGGAUUUCUAACAUCAACUGGCAUAUCAUGACUUGACUUCAUCUGAAAAAUAAAUGCAAUACUCUGCCAUUUCAGCAAAAUAAACACAGCAGAAGCAUUAAUAUCCAAGCUACAGACUCUAAAAUUUUAUUAAAUACCUUAUCUCACUA